GCAUCCUCUCCAACACUCCGCGACCUCACAUCUCGCGUCGCAAGCAACAAACACACACCCGUCCUACCUCCUUGCGCCAUGUAACAACCGCACGGACUAUCAUUCUCUGCGAUGCCAAUAUGCAUAUCCUGUCGCACCCCCGUGCGCACGCUCUACACGACCUACUCCAAAGCCGAUGACCGAGCCCUGGGAAAAGGUGUCCGCCUAACGCAAUGUCCUGUGUGCAAGAAGUUUGCAGACAAAUACGUUGAACAUGACUUCGUGGUUCUGUUCAUUGAUCUGGUAUUGAUCAAGGCGGAAGUGUAUCGGCAUUUACUGUUCAAUCGGUUGGGGAGGGACGAUAGUCGUUUUGAUCGCUCGAUCUUGAGACUGGGAAUACUGCUUCUCCUCUUCGACGUUUAUCUAACAUGGGCGCGUAUCGAGAAGUUAGCUCUCCCUGCCACAUCUCCGUACCAUCCUUCGCCGCCCUCCCCUUCUACGAACAUGACGUCGACUAGCCCGCUUGUGCCACCACAUGACGGGAUAACGAACGCGGUGGUACUGCAAGCACAUCCACUUGGCCUGCAAUACCUGUUCUUCCUCUGUCUGGUCACGCUGUCCACACUGGCUUUCCAUCUACCGAUACGUGUACUGUGCGCCUUUGAUGCGGAGCGUCUACCUGGUGCAGCGCGCAGACUCUGGCAAAAGUGUAUACCGUAUUUCUCCUCUCCGACGCCUUUGUCAACCGCUCUACUUGUCAGUAGCUGCACAAAGUUGUUUCCUAUACUGCUGAUCAUCUGGGAUUACGAUUUGCCUAGUUCGGCGACGGCAGUUAGUUGGGCGGUGAUAGUGAACAACAUCGCUGCGCUGGAGAUACUCAUGGAUUGUGGGUACAUCAGAGCGGGUAUGUUGGUUGGUAUUGGGGCUGGGCUGAGAACGCUGGUGGGAUGGGGUGUAUUGAGAGCUGCGGGUUUGGGUACUGGAUGGGAAGGAUACUUGAGUGAAUGGACGAUUGCUGGCAAUGUGUGGGAUUGGGUCGGAAACGCGAUUCGGUAAAAUAAACAUGAGCGUUCUGGUUGCAAACAAUGAUACCCAUUUGAUAUUUGUACAAGCCAAGAAGCUCCGUAAUACGCCAAACCAAUUGUACAC